GAGAAUCGGCAGCGAGUAGGAUUUGGAUUUUGGGCGGGGGCUUCAUCAGCAUCGGUGUUCGCACACUGACUGAGAGAUAAUUACUGUGGAGCCCUGGCCAGACCGUGGUCCCGCAUCCGGGAAGAGUCUCAAUUCUUACCCUCACUCGGCCCCACGAUCUGUGUCGGACCCUGAGAAGCUUUCUGCUGAGGAGCGAAGGUUAGAAACAACAAAUAAUUUGUGUGCGGAGAUCUCAAAACACCACAAGAGAUUCACUCAUUCAGCCGACCCACAGUGAGUUCAUACUGGGGAGAUGGCGUUCACGUGCUUAGACUGUGGAAAAGGAUUCACUCGGUCUUAUCAACUGAAGGUACAUCAACAAAUUCACACUGGAGAGAACCCGUUCACCUGCUCAGACUGUGGGAAAGGAUUCACUCAGUCAUCUGAUCUGAACAUACAUCAGCGAGUUCACUCUAGGGAGAGGCAGUUCACCUGCUCAGACUGUGGGAAGAGAUUUACUCAAUCAUCUCACCUUCUGGCACACCAGUCAGUUCACACUGGGGAGAAGCCAUUCACCUGCUCAGACUGUGGGAAAGGAUUCACUCGGUCAUCCCAACUGAAGGUACAUCAGCGAGUUCACACUGGAGAGAGGCCAUUCACUUGCUCAGACUGUGGGAAGGGAUUCACUCAGUCAUGUCAUCUGAGGGUACAUCAGAGAAUUCAUACUGGAGAGAGGCCGUUCACCUGCUUAGAAUGUGGGAAGGGAUUCACUCAAUCAUCUCACCUACUGGCACAUCAGUCAGUUCACAAUGGGGAGAAACCAUUUACCUGUUUAGACUGUGGAAAGGGAUUCACUCAGUUUUCCCACCUACAGACACACCAGUCAGUUAACAUUGGGGAGAGGCCAUUCACCUGCACGGAUUGUGGGAAGGGAUUCACUCACUCAUCCAGCUUACAGACACACCAGUCAGUUCACACUGGGGAGAAGCCAUUCACCUGCACAAACUGUGGGAAGGGAUUCACUCGGUCAUCUCAACUGAAGGUACAUCAGCGAGUUCACACUGGGGAGAGGCCAUUCACCUGCUCAGACUGUGGGAAGGGAUUCACUCAGUCAUGUCAUCUGAAGGUACAUCAACGAAUUCACACAGGGGAGAGGCCAUUCACCUGCUCUGAAUGUGGAAUGCGAUUCACUCUGUCAUCCCACCUACAGAUACACCAGCGAUUUCACACUGGAGAGAGGCCUUAUAUGUGCUCAGAUUGUGGGAAAAGAUUCACACAGUCAUUUAAACUGAAGGUACACCAGCGAGUUCACACUGGGGAGAGACCGUUCACCUGCUCAGAAUGUGGGAUGGGAUUCACUCAGUCAUCCAACCUACAGACACACCAGCGAGUUCACACUGGAGAGAGGCCAUUCACUUGCUCAGACUGUGGGAAAGGGUUCACUCUGUCGUCCCAACUGAAGGUACAUCAGCGAGUUCACACUGGGGAGAGACCGUUUACCUGCUCUGAAUGUGGGAAGAGAUUCACUCAGUCAUCCAGCCUACAGACACACCAGCGUGUUCACACUGGGGAAAGGCCAUUCACCUGCUCUAAAUGUGGGAAGGGAUUCACUCGAUCAUCUCACCUUCUGACACACUACCAAGUUCACACUGGGGAAAAGGAUUAAAUAGGGAUUCUCUCGGUCAUCUCAACUGAGGGUCCAUCAGUGAGCUCACAGUAGGGGAAAAGGUUUAAAUAGGCUGCACGCUGGAAAAUUAACCUUCACAGUUGCUGAAUCCAGAGGCAAGUUCAAAGCGAGUGUUGGUGUUGAACUCUGCGAUCAUUGCUGCUGCUUAUCACACCCAGUUCUGCACCCUGGUCACUGGGCUUGGGAUGUGUUUCUUCUGCUGAUGUUCACCAUAAUAGGACUGUAGUUUAAUAUUCUGGAUCUGUGAUUAAUAAAUCAGUUCUAUUAACUCUGCCCCAGUUACUCAGUAAAUCUACAAUACACACAGUGUACUGUGAGGAGUCAACUUAGCCCAGCUGGUCCCUGUCAAACUUUUGGUUUCACAGAAGUCCUAUUAAAUCCAUCCCUGCUGUUCACCUCUCGCUCUCCCUGUGAUGACGGAUUCCAAACACUCGCCACUCUGGGUGAAGAGAUUUUCCUUGAAUUUUCUGCAUGACUUGCUGCGGUCUGAAGGAGCUGACGAGGAGCUGACCACCUUUGUGUCUGUCAUCUUCUUCAUCCUUCCAACCCCUGGGCUGAGGAAGAAUGAAAUUACUAGAAACCUUUUUCUUGCUCCUUUCAACCUUCUGCUUCUAAAGGGCUGCCUGUCACUCAGCUGGAUUGUUACAAUACACAACUCUCCUCUAACGUCUGAAAGCAGAGUGGAAAACCAUCAAUUGGAUGUUCAAUGGAGCAGAGUCAGAAACCAGAGAUGGGAUAGCAUGGGGAAGAGUUUGGGACUCGGGACUGUUAUGUGGAAAACUUUAUGAUGAGCAGGGAAACAGCAGGGGCACAGUAACGAAUUUCAGAGUAACAACAUUUAGAAGCUAAUUGACAAGAGAAAAAAAUUAGAUUGACUUUGGCUGUUAACACAAAAUGCCUGUUGAUAUUGAGUAUAUUGCUUGUGGGAGCUUGUUGUGUUAAACUGCCCACUGAGUUCUCAUAAAAUCAUUGAUUCGAUUUGUGCCAUUAAGCAGAAGGAACGCAAUGCUUGUAAACACCAUGAGCUUCAGAAUGUGCUGUUACUGCGAAAUGAGUGCACAGGUGCCAAGAAUCUACUGUAUCUAAUGGUUUAAUUCACACUGGGGAGAGGCCAUUCAUUUGCUCAGAAUGGGAAGGGAUUUCACCUAAUGGCACACAAGUUAGUUCACACUGAGGGGAAACAACUCACCUGCUCAGACUGUGGGAAGGGACUCACCCAGUCAUCCACCCUCUGGCACACUACUGAAUUCACACGGGAGAGAUGGUUCACCGGCUCAGACUGUGGGAAGGCAUUCACUGAGUCCUAUAAACUGAAGGUUCAUCAGUGAGUUCACACUGGGGAGAGAUAAUUCACUUGCUCAGACUGUGGGAAGGGAUUCACUCACUCAUCCAAACUUGUGACACACUAUCAAGUUCACACUGGGGAAAAGGUUUCAAUAGGGUGCACGCAGGAUAUUUAACCUUCACAGUUCUGCACCCUGGUCACUGGGCUUGGGAUGUGUUUUAUCUGCUGAUUUUCACCUUUAAUGGGACUGGACAGAUUUCCCUUUAAUUUCCUGCAUGACUUUCUGCGGACUGAAGAGGCAAGACAACUGAAUUUAUGUUUAACAUGUUCUGCGUCCUGAAAUCUCUGGGCCAAGGAAGAGUGACAUUGGUAGUUCACUUCCUUAUUCCCUGCUCAUUUCAACUGUUAUGUGUCAUUUUCAUUGAAGAGCUGUAUCUCACACAGGUCAGUUGUCACAGUACACCAUUGUCCUUGAAAGUCUGAAAGUAGAAUGGAGAACCAUGAGUUGGAUGUUCAGUGGAAUAGAAUCAGAAAGCAGAGACAGAUUGGCUCAGGGGAGAGUUUGGGGCUCUAGGCAGAGAUACCGGUAGGAGCAGAUGCUGAUGAGCAGGUUAGCAGGGUGCGUGGCAAGGAAUGGCAGAGUAGCAACAUUUGAAAGCUGAUUGAUGAAAAAAAGUAUUGGUUUGACUAUGAUGUUUGACACACAGUCUGUUGACAUUGAGCAUAUUGCCUAUGGGAGCUUGCUGUGUUAAAUUGCCCACCAAGUUGUCAUAAAAAAUAUUGACUGAGUGAUACUAUUUCGCAGAAGGUAGGUAAUGCUUCUAAACCCUUUGAAUGGCACUGUUCUUGCCAAGAAAUCUGUGAGCUUAAGAAUUUACUGUCAAAUGCACAGGUGCCAAAGGUCUGUUGGACUUAAAGGUGUAAUUUUCAUUUUCAUUUUCUUUGCAGUUUAACAAUUUUUAUCUUGUAUUUUAAGUUGCCUUUGUGUGCAUAGCAGUUUCAUAUGCCUCUGGUGGCUGUGCAAAAUAGAAUUCUAGAAGUUUCUUUAUACUUCAUUAAGUGAGUAAGGGUUUUCUCAUUGGUUGAUUUUGAUGCAGUAUUGGCUAAGUUCUUUCUAAUGGAUUAUUAUUGUCUAUAGAAUUGAAUGGAUUUGUUCUCAUCUUUGGGUAUAGAAGUAGCUCUUUUAUGCUGGGUGCCAUCUUUAGUUUCUCUCUCUUCUUGGUUUUAGACCCCUGUCACCGUUCUGUUCCUGUUCUAUCAACUUUGAAUAAAACAAAUAUGUAGCAACAAGUUUUAUGCCUUGUUCCUGACUUCUAAAAGAACCUCGGAUUUAAACACCAAAGUCUGUCAUUUGUUGUGGUCAGCAGAAUUUAGAACGCAGAACAAUCCAAGACAAAGAGGAAAUGUUUAGUGUGCAACAAAAUGUGCAAGAACUUUCUUUUAUAUUGCAAACUGAGAAGAAAAAAAUAGGUCUGGCUUUUUCAUUGUCGGAUGGAAAUCAGGAUUGAGUACUGCUGCAUUGCUAUUUUUCAAAGCAGAUUUGUUAAAAAGAAACACAUGCCAGUGGAAUCACAAAUGAGUUCCUCCAGCAUUAUGUGUGUGUUGCAUGCUGGUAGAGCCACGUGCAAACUGGUAAAGUGCUAAUUAAAUUUGUACAAGCAUUUGAGCACUGAUAAAAAGAUAAUAAAUUUGAG